UGAUCAAGCACGAAUGUUUUUUUUACAGUCAGGUUUGCCAAGUCCUGUUUUGGCUGAAAUAUGGGCUCUUUCUGACCUGAAUAAAGACGGGAAAAUGGAUCAGCUGGAGUUCUCCAUAGCUAUGAAACUAAUCAAACUAAAACUGCAAGGCCAAUCCUUGCCUGUGGUGCUUCCUCCGGUCAUGAAACAGACUCCAGUGUUUUCUCCUUUGAUUUCCGCUCGUUUUGGUAUGGGCAGUAUGCCAAAUCUGUCUACACCUACAAUGACACCUUUGGUUCCCAUGUCCAAUUUGACAUCUGUACCUUCCAUUUCUCCCAUGGUGAUUUCAGCCCCACUGAUGCCUUCUGCCAGCACUUCAUCAUUGCCAAAUGGAACCUCCAGCCUUCUGCAGCCUUUAGCUAUAGCCUACUCUUCCACUUUGCCUCAUUCUAGUUCAGUCACUCCCAUGGUAGGAGGAUUUGGUGGUUCCAACAUCCAGAAAACUCAGUCCUUGAUAGAUUUAGGAUCUAGUAGUUCAAAUUCUUCUUCUACUACCUCACUAACUGGCAAUUCACCGAAGACAGGAUCUUCAGAUUGGGCAGUUCCUCAGGCUUCCAGAUUAAAAUACAGGCAGAAAUUUAAUAGCCUUGAUAAAGGGAUGAGUGGAUAUCUUUCAGGAUUUCAGGCAAGAAAUGCCCUUCUACAAUCAAACUUAUCUCAGACACAGUUAGCUACUAUCUGGUCUUUGUCUGACAUUGACGGUGAUGGACAGCUGAAAGCAGAGGAGUUCAUAUUAGCUAUGCAUUUAACCGAUAUGGCCAAAGCCGGACACCCUCUCCCAUUAACGCUGCCUCCUGAGUUUGUGCCCCCUUCUUUGAGAAGUGGAAAGUAUUUGGAAAAUACUAACUGUGCUCUGCCAACAUACCAGCAAGAAGAGGAACCUCCACAGAAACUUCCAGUGACCUUUGAGGAUAAGAGGAAGGCAAACUAUGAAAGAGGCAAUCUGGAGCUGGAGAAACGACGCCAAGUGCUCUUCGAGCAGCAGCAGAGAGAGGUGGAACGGAAAGCGCAGAAGGAAAGAGAAGAAAAGGAGCGAAGAGAGAGGGAGCGGAAGGAACUGGAGCGGAAGAGACAACUUGAGCUAGAAAGGCGCUUGGAAAAACAACAAGAGAUGGAGAAACAAAGAGAGGAAGAACGGAAAAAGGAGAUUGAAAGACGGGAGGCAGCUAAACAAGAACUUGAGCGUCAACGACGGCUUGAAUGGGAGAGGAUUCGUCGUCAAGACCUUCUUAAUCAGCGUAAUAGAGAACAGGAGGAAAUUGUCAAGUUGUCCUCUAAAAAGAAGAGCCUUAAUCUUGAACUAGAUGCACUGAAUGACAAACACCAACAGAUCUCUGGAAGACUGGAAGAUGUUCGUAACAGAAAACAAAAGCAUAAAAAUGAGUUUGUCAAUCUAGAAAAGAAAUGUGAUAUGGGAAUUAUUGAAAUCAAGCAGUUGGAGCAACAGCUUCACGACUAUCAGAAUAAAUUGAUUGUUCUUAUUCCUGAGAAACAGCAGUUGAGUGAGAAAAUAAAUCAUAAGCAGAUGAACAACUCUUUUUAUACACAUCUUAAUUCUCUGCAGAAGAAAUCAUCAGAGAAAGAAGAAUUAUGCCAAAAACUUCAAGAACAACUAGAUACACUAGAAAAAGAAACCACUUCCAAGCUCUCAGAAAUGGAUAUUUUUAAUAAGCAACUCAAGUGUGAGACUAUGGAUGCUUCUAUUCUUCAGUGCCUUUUGUAUCUGCUAAGCUGUCUCAACAACCUCUUCCUCUUACUUAAGGAACUAAGAGAAACCUACUGCACACAGCAGAAAGCACUGGAGCAGCUCCACAAGAUUAAACAUGAAAAAAUUCAAGAACUGGGAAGAGAAAAAGCCGAGCUUGCUUUGAAAAAAAGAAUAGAAGAUGAGGCUACACGAAAAGCAAAACAAGAAAAGGAGAACUUGUGGCAAGAAACUAUCAGGAAGGAAGAAGAAGAAAGAAAAAAGCGUCUGAAAGAAGACCGAAUGCAGGAAAAAAUCCAUGAGGAAAAGCAAAAAGCUGAGGAGGCCAUUGCACGAGAGAGGGAGAUGCAGAAACAAAAACUUGCAGAGGAGAAAUUUGAAGAGGAAAGACAAAACAAACAAGCAGAAAUUCUGAGAGAGACUGAGCAGCAAAGACAGAAACAAAAGGUAGAAGACAAAAAAAGACAGGAGAAGAUUGCAAAAGAAGCUGAGGAGAAGCUUAAACGGUUGGAAGAAGGGAAGAAAAGAAAAGAUAUUCUUAGUUUGCAAGAUUCAGAGAAAUCUGUUUCUCACUUAAAUGAAAAAAAUGUAAAUGUACUUAAACAAACAAAGGGAAAUCUUAAGUCUGUGCUGAAAAAUGAAGGCCAUGCGGUUAGUGCUGCUGAUUCUAAGACAUCGGUAGGCUUUGUGAAUUAUAGAGCUUUAUACCCAUUUGAAGCCAGGAAUCAAGAUGAGAUAAGUUUCCAUUCUGGAGAUAUUAUUGAGGUUGUUGAGAAAACUGAAGGGGAACCCGGCUGGUUAUAUGGGAGUUUUCAAGGACAUUUUGGCUGGUUUCCAUGCAAUUAUGUAGAAAAAAUACCUGAAAAUGAGAAAACUGUUUCACCUCCCAAGAAAGCCUUACUUCCUCCUACAGUCUCUUUACCAACUGCUUCAGUUCCUCUAGAAGCACAUUCACCCAGUAAACCAGCAGAUGAAGCAGAUUAUCAAAAUGUAUCUUUCGCAAAUUUAAACGCUAGCACGUGGCAGAAAAAGUCUGCGUUUACUCGUACUGUUUCCCCAGGAUCUGUUUCUCCCAUCCAUGGACAGGGGCAAGCUGUAGAAAACCUAAAAGCACAAGCACUUUGCUCUUGGACUGCAAAAAAGGAUAAUCACUUAAACUUUUCAAAAAAUGACAUAAUUACUGUGCUGGAGCAGCAAGAAAAUUGGUGGUAUGGAGAAGCUGGUAGAGGAAGAGGAUGGUUUCCCAAAUCCUAUGUGAAGAUUUUGCCUGGAAAUGAAUGCCAAAGAGAGGAACCAGAAGCUGUUUAUGCAGUUGUAAAUAAGAAUCCUUCCACAUCAACUUGUGUGUCAGAAUAUAUAGCACUGUAUCCUUAUUCAAGUUCUGAACCUGGUGAUUUAACUUUCACUGAAGGUGAAGAAAUAGUAGUGAGUCAAAAAGAUGGGGAAUGGUGGACUGGAAGAAUUGGUGAUAGAAGUGGAAUCUUUCCUUCAAACUAUGUCAAACCAAAGGAUCAUGAUACUUCUGCUACAGCUAGCAAAACAGGAAUGUUAAAUAAAAAACCUGAAAUUGCUCAGGUUACGACAGCCUACAGUGCAUCAGGAACGGAACAACUGAGUCUCGCUCCUGGACAGCUGAUUGUAAUUUUGAAGAAAAAUUCUAGUGGGUGGUGGCAGGGAGAACUACAGGCAAGAGGGAAAAAAAGACAGAAAGGAUGGUUCCCUGCUACUCAUGUGAAACUGUUGGGUCCCAGCAAUGAAAAGACUGUGCCAGCUGUUCAUCCAGUGUGUCAAGUGAUAGCGAUGUAUGACUACUUGGCAAACAAUGAAGAUGAACUCACUUUUUCUAAGGGACAGCUCAUAAAUGUACUGAACAAAGAAGAUGCAGAUUGGUGGCAAGGGGAAAUCAAUGGCAUUUAUGGCCUCUUUCCUUCAAAUUAUGUGAAGAUGACUGUAGACUCUGAUCCAAGUCAACAGUGACCCAGUGUUGUCUUCCAGCAUGAAAGCACCUCAGAGACCCACUAUACAAGUUUGACUAUAGCAUGGCGGCAGGGUGGACAGCCUGCUCAGAUCUCUGAAACGAUUCAUUUGCUUCGCUUCAGUAUUAAAUCCACUCAAGACUUCACAUUUUGUUCUAUGCUGUACAGUUACAAUUCAUUUAUGCAAACUGAUUAGUGGGUCUUUGUGUGGCUUUCUGCACUCUCCAAUUUGGUUUUCUCUACUCUCUUUUAUUUAGGAACAAUAAUGAAUUAUUAGAAUGCUAGUCCAAGCUAUCUCUUGGCACAAUGCAACUUUAGGCACACAAAGACCUACUAUUUGUACUGUCACAUGGGAAAUUGUGUUCUCAUGAUUAGCACCAUAUAUUUCCUAUGUUGAUCUCUCACUAUGCACUUCAUGUAUGAUCCUGUACACAGUGAAAAUGCUAUUGCGGAAAAAAAAAGAGCAGGGGUAGAAUAAAAUCUGGUGUGUUGUUUUAAAGGCACUUUAUACCACUGCUACAUCUAUAUAUUUUAUAUACUAGAACUCUUUAGUUUGACCUAAAACAAACUUAUCUAUAAGGUGGCUUUUGCUACAGAAGUUGAAAAGAUUCUGCCCUAAAUAAUAUACACUUAUUGGCAUGUUAAAAGAGAGAGCAAUGAUUUUAAAAAAGCUGGACAAGGUCUGUUUUUGAGGGAAACCUUUUUUGGAGCCUUGCUGGAAGUCUGAGAGGCCUCUAUUUCUUGGGUUGCCCAUAACAGUCUUGAGGGUGCUUCUCCCUUCUGCCCGCCCUCCCUUUCCUCCCAUUGGUCCUGAUUCUGCGGGUGGCUGUGGGAUUGGUGGAGCAGGAAGGAGGGCCUUUUCCACUCUGGGAGACGCAAGGGAAGCAUUUCAGUGCUCCUGGCAUUGUGAGCAUUCAGAUCCCUGCUGGGAGGGGAAGGAGCUUGAUUUGAUACAGGAGCAGGACAUGGCAUGGUGGGCCUUUCAAAAUUAAAAGAAGCCAUUUGGGUGCCAGAUAUGUUUAGACCUUUAGAAAUAGCAUGUUAUCUACUUCUAGUUGCUUGUGCUGGGGCUGCACUUUUUAAAAAAAAUCCUCAGAGAAACACAGGGAUCAUGGCCAUCAUAUUACUCUAAUGUAGUGGGCAAGGCUGACAUUUUUGGCUCCCCCCCCCCGCCAUCGUUCGGGGUUGUAAGGAUUUUAGAUGCAAACUAGAUGUAUAUUUUAGCUUUAUUUUCAAGGGGGAAAAAACCACCACUGAAAAUUAGCUAUUUGCUACCAACAUGAUAUUGAGGAGACCAAGAAGCUAAAUAGAGUCUUCAGUUCCCCCCCUCCCCAUUUCAGAUAUAGAUACAUUAAAAAAAAACACCUUUUAAAUAAAGCAUUUUUUAAAAAUUCCCAACAAUUCUAUUAAAUAUUUCUUACUGCUGCAUUGCCUUCUGGGAAUUUCCUAGUUAACAAACAAACAAUUUUUUACUUUUAAUUUUCGGUUAAUUUUUCCCCAUUCUGUAGCGAUUUAACAUUUGCUGAUAUUCACCAUUACCACCUCACUUCAUGGUGCCUUUUUGGCCAGACAAUCAAGCUUUUCUCUUCCCCCAUAUCCAUUUGUUAGGGUGGCCUUAUCCUGCCUGCUAAACUGCUCUGUACCUCUUGGAUAGUUGUGCUGUGUUGCAGUCAGAGUUAGUUGCCCUGUUUUCAGGGGGUGUAUUUGCAUGUGAGCAUAUGUUAGAUAGGAUUUAGGUCUGUGUGGAGUGACCCUUCACAUUUUAGUACCUACCCCACAUCAUGCAGACCCCAACAUGAAAACCAAUUCAGACCUUAGACUGAAAAAAGUUCCCCAUCCCUUCUGUACAAGCUUAGAUAUUUAAUUCUGAAUAUAUAUCCAUUUUUUUUAUUUCAAUAUCCUAAAUAUCAUUUCAAUAUCCUUCAAUAUCAUUCCUAAACAUCCUUUAAUGAAGUCCAUUCAGAGUGAUUUAUUCUCUACAAAGUAUCUUUAGCACCACUUCUUCACAGUGCACUCUGUGCAUGUUUAGUCCGAAGUAAACUGCUGUGUUCAGUGGCAUUUACUCUCUGAUAAAUGUGUUCAGAAUUGCCAUCUAAAUGAAUGUUACAUAAGAGACUUAACAAAUCACUGAUGCUUGUAUUAGUUGUACGGAGUAAUGGAUUGUAGGAGGAGGAUCUUUCAUGCCAUACAGAACAAGUAGGUGCCUCCAUCAAGUUAUUAAUGAAUAUUUAUCUUAUCUGUGUAUUAUCAUCAUCAUCAUCAUCAUCAUCAUCAUCAUCAUCAAUAACAAAUCUGCAAAUGGCUCAAUAUUAAGUUGAUGAUUCCCUUAUUUUGCUCAUACUAGUAUUUACCGUAUGACUAAAUAUGUUAAUCAUGCAACAUUAUGACCUUUUCUCACAAGCAACAAUUGUAGUUUAACAGCUACCAACUAGAAGAUCUCUGACAUUACAGGUGAUGUAAUGGCUUAAUCUCAAAUGAAAACAGAAUAUUAGAUUCUGUUAGUUAAUUCUUGCCAAGCUACAGUUCACCAGCCAUUCAUAGUGGCCUGAUAGGUGCUUAUCCACUUUUCUGUGUUUACCAAAAUAGCAGCAAAAAGAAGUAAAUCAGUCUCCCGGUAGACCUCAGGUUUAUGCUGGAGUCAGUGUAAGAAUUUCCUAAGAUCAAGACCACAACAUGCUCCAGGAGGGCUGCAGAUAAACACAGGAAAGGAGAGGUUUUGGUGGUUUUGGUUGGUUAUCGGGGCUUGUAAGGGUGAGAAGAUGAACAGAAAACCUCUGAGAGGCAAACUGUUCCCACUUCCAUCUUUGAAAAAUCUCCAAGCUAAAGCUAAACUUUUUGGUACAAUUUCAGGCUGCUUCUGAGGCCUGAGGAAUUUUAAUGGCAGAAAUGGAAGCAGUUUGCCUUUCUGUGCUUAGGUUGGUGGUAGGGGAAGUGGAAAUUCUGCUGAAUAGCAACCAUUUUGCCAUUAAAUUUCAGUGGCACAAUCUCAGAGUACUGGGGACUGCAGGUUGCUCACCCCUGGGUUAUUGGUUGCAGAAAUGAAUUUAAUCACAUUUGAGAGUUCAAGUAAUAUCUGGUUGAUUUCCUAGUAAAAGUAAAGGAUGUUGGUUUUGAUUUUGAUUUGUUGGGCUUGAUUUAGCACUAAUUAUUACUGGUAGGAUGAACAAAUGGUUACCAGUAGGAUGAGUAAAAAAACAGAUGUUUAUACCAGUCUGUAAAUUAAGACUCCUCACAGAUUAAACAUGGUUUGAUUUAAGUUGGUACAACAUAACUCAAAAAAGGUACAAAUGAAUAAGAACAAGUGUUUGAUUUUUUUAGGCCUUCGCUACUAAAUACUGUAGUCUUACUAUUAUUUAUUAUUAGGAUUCAGUUUUGCAGAGAAAUCAUUCCUGUAUUUAUAGUUUUUAUUUCUAGUAUAUUAAUAUGUUAAGAAAGCUAGGCCUAAGCAGAUCAUGGCAUAACUAAAUAAUAAUUCAGGAACAUACAUAAAAUUUGUGUAUGUUUACAGUGAGUUUACCUGCUGAAAUUUCAGAAAAGAGUAGUUUAAAAAAAGUCUUGUGCAACAAACUAUUUGAGAAGAUGUCCAAAUUAUGAUCCUGAGAAACCUAUGCAAAACAAUAUUCACAUAAAAUAGGGUCAACUUUCUUCUCUAGAUUUCAACAUCCCAAUUUACAAAAGUUGCAAAAUAGUUUUCUUUGUUACAUUGGAUUUUCAAAACAAAAAAGACUGUUUUGAUAGAUGAGUCCAAGGUUCUACGUGUUCAGAGAUGGCUGUAUAAAUUAAGUUCUUUAGCUUUAAAGAUGAAUAGCUUUAUUUUUGUUUUAUUUGGAUGGCUAAGGUUUUUUAUAUGGUCAAAAAUAGAUAACAGUAUUAUAUCAUAUAAUGAGGCAACAUGUUACUUGUCCCCAUUCCAGAAAUAGAACUAAAGCAGUUCUCCAAAUAGGAAUGAGGGAUUUCCUAAGCUUAGAAAUUAAUAUUCAGCUUUCUUAAAAGUUCUGGAGAAUUCAAAAGCUUAUGACUUCUUGACAUUUUGAAUGGGCUAUGAAAUAGCUGUGACAGUGCUAUUUUUUUCUGUUUACAAAAAGAAUGUAAAGGUUAUAGAAUUCUUGAUUUUUAUUUUUAAAAAUGAAUUGUAUUACCCAAGUAUGAUUUGCCAGACACGCACAAACCAGUAUUUGCUAAACUAUGUCCUAUGACUUGUAUUACUUUUCCAUUCAAGUCAAUCAGGCUGCUACUGCAAAAUGCUGCUUUCAUAUCAUUAAUUAUGUUUGUUUCUUAAAUAUCACUAUGCUGUAUGCUGUUUUGAUAUUUGUAUUUUGAGGCUUUCUAGUAUUAAAGCAGUGGAAUAAUGAUCAGUGUUUUGCCAUACAAACACAGCCUGUGCUGUGCAUGAGAAUUGUGUUUUGAACACUGGAAAUAACUAUGCAAAAAUAUUUUAUUAAAGAGACACACAGAGAAUCUACUUAUUUAUGUUUGGUUUCUUUUCAACACAGUCAACCAUGCUCAGGUUUGAGUCAGAUAAUACAUUUUCGUAAAUUAUUCACUUAUGUUGUUCCUUACAUUUUGAAACCAACCAAUCGCUAAAAGUCUUCUGGAAGGUGACCACAUAGGUGCAGAGUACUUUAAUGGAUUGUUGGUGUAUGAUAGAUGAGAACUUGUCAGCAUUUCUAACAUCAGUUUAAACCUGUUCAUUCAGCUCAGGAUUUCAAUUCUCACCAAAAGAAAAUUCCCAGAAUGUAAAAGGGAAGUUACUACUAUUAAACUGGGAUCAAACCAGUUUCACUUGUAGAACUGAACUUUAAACAAAAUCAAGACUACCUUUAAAUUUAUAACUUAAAUAUGUAUGUCUGCAAAGCCUAGUCUUUUAAGCUGGUAUUCAUUACUGAUUUUUGCUUUCCUAGGAGGUGCUAUAGAUUGCCAGUUUCCUUCUUAAAUUGUUCCAUUUCUCACAUCCCAUGCUAUACAUUUUUUUCCUUCUCAACCAGUCAUGUCAUCAGACAGGCCAGUGGCAUAAGUUAAAAAGGCCUACCUACAUUAUUUUGCCCAUUUGAUAAUUCACGAAGAGAUUUCUCUAGUCACUUGGAAUGAUGGUGGGAUUCCAGAAUUCUCAACCAAAGAGUCUCUAAUGUUGUGGCUAAUAAUGCUGACCAUUGCAGAAUUCUGUGGUUAGAGAGAUACCAAUUUUAUAGAUCCUUAUGCUUGUUUUGAAAGAACUGAGGAAAUCAUCUCACCCUUUAUAUUGCCCAGAGAGAUUAGUAUUACAUAGUUUCCUAGAUUUAGACUGGGUAGGUUGGAUUUGAAUCCAAGCUCUACCACAAAGCUCACUAUGACCCUAACUCAGUUGAAUCUCUCAUAGGUUUGUUGUGAAUCUAAAGGUGGGGGAGAACCAUAUAAGCUGGUGUUUUUAAAUCACUGAGCAAAAAAAAGAAACAUAUCCUUUAUCCAGUACAGACCAGCAUUGUUUUUUUCUGACCUUGUACAGAAGCUACAGCCACUGCGUUGAGAAAUGUGCAGUUGAAGACGUGCACAUCGUAGCAUUCAUCUUCUCAGCUUGUAAUGUUAGACUUUAAAGUAAAAAUUUGAUUUUUUGAAAUAUGUUCUUGUGUUUGAUGAACUCCUCAUAAAGCUGCCAUUUGUCACUUCUAAGAAUCUUUAAUUGUAAUUUUUCUGAUGCCCCUGGAAUUUUAUACAUAUUUUUUAAAAAAUAAGUGUGCUGGAUUUUUCAAGUGUUACAUAUUUUACAUUUUUUCAAAUACAUUAUUUAAAUAUACUCCCCCACAUAUAGUUUACAUUCUUCCAAGUGUUAGGGCUGCAAUAAUUCAUAUCAGUAAAAUUACGGAAAUAACAGCAGCUCUUUUAGGACCAAAAUGAUUAAAGGCCAAUUUAGUCGCAUUUGAGUAGCAUGUUAAAGUCUAUUCCUAAACUGCCAGUCAAAAUGUUUAUGGAAACAUCAAAGAUUCUAAGUCAUGAGAAGCUUGGGGACUUAUUUAGAAUUUGGCUCUAUUUUCUUUGUGGAUUAAAUUAUUCUCUUGAGAGAAGAACAAAUAAACUAUUGAUGAGGGUUUAUAUGCGUUCUCAGAAAAUGUCUCUACUGAUAGCUGGACAUUAUGAUUUCUGGUAAAGUUCAACUGGUUUGUAAAUGAAAAUGGUUUGUAAAAAACAGGACUGAGAGCAACUUCAUGUAAAAAGUACACAAGUCCAUAUUUGGUUAUAUUUCAGUAUAAUCUUGUUGAUUUAAAUAAAGUAUUUCUAAUGCUGCAAGAUUUUUUGUUCAAGGAUGGUUUGAAUAUUUUCUACAUAACAUGAUGACAUGCUAACCAGUCAUUUCUGUCCUCUUGCCAA